AUGCCGCCUCCCGGCGAACCCGAAUUUCGCGCUCCCGGUGUUGCUGAGGAUAUGCCCCCUCCCGGCGAACCCGAAUUUCGCGCUCCGGGCGUUGCUGAGGAUAUGCCGGCUCCCGGCGAACCCGAAUUUCGCGCUCCCGGGAACGCUGGCCCACCUGAUCCCGCUGCAGUAGAGUCACCCCCCGCUCCUGUGGCGCCUUUCGUCCCCGAGUCCCCGGUUUAUAUCAUUUACUUGGGUGCAACGAAACACGAUGAUCCAAAGUUGGUGACUCAAUCGCAUCUUGAAAUCUUGAAAUCGGUUCUUGGAAGCGAAGAAGCAGCCAAAAAGUCAAUGAUCUAUAACUAUCAAUAUGGAUUUUCUGGCUUUGCAGCCAAGCUCAAACCAGCAGAUGCAGAGAAAAUGAAAAAGCAUCCUGAAGUUAUUACUCUUGUGGUAAACCGAAAACUUGUGAUGCAAACAACAAGGACAUGGGAUUACUUAGGUCUUUUCUCAACUCCAGCUGCGUCUAAAGGUCUUCUAAAUGGGUCCAACAUGGGAAGUGGUGCUAUUAUUGGCGUUAUUGACUCCGCAGGGAUAUGGUCAGAAGCAAGUGUCUUCGGUGACAAUGGAUAUGGAGCGACACCAAAACAAUGGAAAGGACAAUGCGUCUCCGGGGACCAGUUCAAAGCUGAACAUUGCAACAAGAAGCUUAUUGGAGCUAAAUAUUACAUGGAUGGUCUCAAUGCUGAUCUCUCAACAAGUAUCACCAGUAGCACAGAACACAUAUCUCCUAGAGAUCAUAACGGCCACGGGACACAAGUUUCCUCAACGUUAGCUGGCUCUGUCCUCUCUAACUUGAAGUUUCCAGGCCUCUCAUCUGGAUCAGUCAUGAGAGGUGCUGCUCCUAAGGCGCAUAUAGCCAUGUACAAAGCAUGUUGGGACGUGGAAGGAGGGAUGUGUUCGGUUGCUGAUGUCUGGAAAGCCUUUGAUGAAGCUAUUCAUGAUGGUGUUGAUGUUUUGUCGGUUUCUAUCGGUGGCUUAACAAGGGUCAAAUCUCUUGACGUUGAGGUUGACAUCGCAAUUCCAGCGUUACACGCUGUGAACAAAGGCAUCACUGUUGUUUCUCCAGCUGGUAAUGGAGGACCACGCGCUUCAUCGGUUAUUAACGUUUCUCCAUGGAUAUUAACUGUGGCUGCGACCACCCUUGACCGCUCUUUCUCCGCAUUUGUCACACUCGGCAACAAUCUAACGUUUAUGGGUCAGGGUAUGUACACAGGACCAGAACUUGGCUUCACUGAUGUGAUAUUUAGUGAUGAUCAUUCUAGUGUUGCUAAAGUAAAGGGUAAAGUUGUGAUGUACUUCGAAGGAUCUGCUGCGAUGCCCGGACCAGACAUUCUUCAGAGGAAUGGUGCUGUUGGUGUCAUAUAUGUGAGAAGGCCGAGUCAUCGUUUUGAAUGUCCUGCAAACUUUCCCUGUAUCUACAUAGAUAUCGACAUUGGUUCCAAGAUACAUUUCUACAUGGAAACCACGAGCUCACCAAAGAUUAAGAUAAGCCCAUACAAGGCAGUAAUUGGUGAUAGUGUAGCAAGUACCGUUGGAGGAUCAUCUUCAAGAGGGCCUAGUUCAUUCUCACCUGCCAUUCUUAAGCCAGAUAUAGCAGCACCGGGUUUGACCUUACUAACACCUAGGAUACCGACAGAUGGAGAUACUAGUGAGUUCGCCUACUCAGGGACAUCAAUGGCAACUCCUGUUAUUGCUGGAAUCGUAGCACUCCUCAAGAUUUCUCAUCCUACUUGGUCCCCUGCCGCAAUCAAGUCAGCUAUUGUCACAACAGCCAUGAGUACCGAUCCAUACGGUGAGCCUCUAACUGCAGAUGGAGUUAGUCAAAAGAUAGCCGAUGCAUUUGACUACGGGGGAGGUCUUGUGAAUAUGGAGAAAGCCACAGAUCCGGGUCUUGUUUACGACAUGGAUAUAAAUGAUUACGUACAUUACUUGUGUUCCGCAGCUUUGUACACGGACAAGAGAGUUUCUGCUCUAACCGGAAACGUCACUACCAAGUGUCCUCCUAGCUCAGGUUCAUCGAUUCUUGAUAUCAACGUGCCGUCUAUUACCAUUCCAAACCUCAAGGGAAGCGUCACAGUGACCCGAACCGUGACCAACGUUGGACCUGUUGACUCAGUUUACAAGCCCGUGAUCGAGGCUCCCGCUGGGUUCACCGUAAAGGUUUCACCGGAGGAGCUGGUGUUUAACAAAGGAACCAGCAAGGCUGUGUUUACGGUGAGUGUGUCAUCAGGUUCACACAAAGUGAACCUAGGCUUUCUCUUUGGGAGUUUGACUUGGAGUGAUGGAAUACGCAAUGUGAAAAUCCCAGUUUAUGUAGUGCAUUUAGGCGCGAAGCAACACGAUGAUCCAGAGUUGGUCUCCGCAUCGCACCACAAGAUGUUGGAAUCGGUUUUCAAUAGCUCGGAAGCUGCUAGAGAGUCCAUCCUCUACAACUAUCGCCAUGGAUUUUCAGGGUUUGCAGCCAGGCUUACAGAGUCACAAGCUAAGAAGCUUAAAGACCGUCCUGAUGUUUUCAGUGUGGCAUUAAACCGAAAGCUUGCGUUGCAGACCACGAGGGCUUUCGACUAUUUGGGCCUUUCGCCGAAUCUACCAAAUGGACUUCUCCAUGACAGCAACAUGGGAAGUGAACUUGUCGUUGGUAUUCUUGACUCAGGAAUAUGGCCUGAGGCAGCGGGUUUUAGCGACGAAGGGCUUGGACCGAUACCUAAACAUUGGAAGGGGAAGUGUGUAGCCGGAAGGGCAUUUGACCCAGCAAAGCAUUGCAACAAGAAGAUAGUAGGAGCAAGGUACUACCUAAAUCGCUAUACUGAGCGGCAUGGGUUGAAUAUCAGCCGUGAAGAGUAUCGGUCCCCUAGAGGUUUUACAUCCCACGGAACGUUAUGCGCUUCAAUGGCAGCCGGAGGAUUCGUUCCUAACGCGUCAUAUGGGGGUCUUGCACCUGGACUCAUGAGAGGCGCUGCUCCAAAGGCACGUAUAGCUGUGUACAAAGUUAUCUUCGAUUCAGAGAAUAUCGGUUCUCGCACUGCAGAUUGUACCAUGGCAAUCGAUGAUGCCAUCAAUGAUGGUGUUGAUGUAUUAUCGAUAUCUAUCGCCCCACUUGGACCUCCUUACCAUACAUAUACUACUUUUGGGGAAGAUGUUGAGCUUGGUUCCUUCCACGCUGUCAUGAAGGGCAUACCUGUCGUUAUUGCUGCUUCUAAUUCCGGCCCAAAAGCUUACUCUGUGACUGGUAUAGCUCCCUGGAUGUUUAGUGUUGGUGCAACUUCCAUUGACCGUACCUAUUAUGUAGACGUGACUCUUGGCAAUAACCUAACCGUAACUGGUCAAGCUUUGUAUAUGGGUCCCGAAGUAUCUUCUGAAUUAACUUACAUAGAAGACUGGCAAACGUUCACUGCUCCUCGUAGGUGGGCGAAAAUUUCCCUAACGUUUAUGAAUGACGAUACAGAUAUGGCGUUGGCUGUGAACGUACUAAGAGGCGAUGGUGCGAUCAUUGCACGAAGUUCGGAUUACUUAACUGACGUUUUUUUUGACUCGCCAGCCGUCAUUGUAGACUAUGAAGUCGGAACUAAGAUUCUACAAUACAUACGCUCCACAAGUUCGCCAACGGUUAAAAUAAGUAGGGCUAAAACGUUCGUGGGACGUCCAAAAUCAAGUAUAGUUGCAGGAUUCUCGGGUAGAGGGCCUAAUCCAACCGAUCCAGCUAUUCUCAAGCCUGAUAUCGUAGCCCCCGGUGUGCUGGUUUUAACAGCUGACAUUAAAAACGAAGAAAUUCCUGGAAUGGCCAUAACUCAAGGAACAUCCUUGUCCACUCCUCUUGUUGCCGGACUCGUCAUACUACUCAAAUCUGUACACCCUGACUGGUCUCCUGCCGCUAUAAAAUCCGCUAUCAUGACUACAGCGUGGAAGACUGAUCCAUCUGGUGAACCAAUCUUUUCGGAAGGAGUACCAAGGAAGCUGGCAGAUCCAUUUGACUACGGUGCAGGACUAGUGAACCCGGAAAAAGCCAGAGAUCCAGGACUAGUUUACGACAUGAACCUCGACGACUACAUCCACUAUUUCUGCGCCUCUGGCUACAACGACACAUCAAUAAAACUAAUCACCGGGAAAGAUACUAAAUGCUCCUCUCCUUUACCUUCUAUCCUCGACGUUAACUAUCCAGCCAUCACGAUUCCUGACCUUAAAGAUGAAGUGACCGUCUCUAGAACGGUGACUAACGUUGGACCUGUGGACUCGGUUUAUAGAGCCGUGAUCGAGCCUCCGCGAGGUGUAAAGAUCGCUGUUGAACCAGAGACUCUGGUGUUCAACUCGAGCAAGAAGGUUCUUGGGUACAAAGUUAAGGUUACGACGAGUCAUAAGAGUAACACUAUUUACUUCUUUGGUAGCUUCACGUGGACGGAUGGUACACGAAACGUUACCAUUCCUUUGUCUGUAAGAACUCGGGUUUGA